UUUUCUUAUUUUUAUUUUUGAAAUGAUGAUGCAUAGGUUUUAAGAGUUCCUCAUAAUCUUAAAUGCUCAAAUGCAGAAACGAUCUUCUGGUAGUGUUCGGUCGCCAUUCACGAAGCUUUAGCAAAGAAGUCGCCCCUUCCUCAGUUUUCUUGCGCUCCACGGAAGCAGGCUUCCAUUUUCCGAGCCGCCCCAGCCGCAUGUUGUGAUUGGAGGAUUCUUAUCCUCAUCGAAUCGACUCUCUUGUAGCUUUCGUUUUGCUCCUGAAUAUUCUCUUGUUCCUGGUGGCGUUGGCGUCGAAAGUUGGGGGAUCUCUCAUCUUAUCAGGCUUUUGCUCUUCGGAUUGGAAACCUGGAUUCGAGGGUGAACAUGGCGUCCUUCGAUCAGAAGGAGAUCAAUUGGGACAAGCUUGACAAAACUAAGUUGUUUGUGGUAGGAGCUGGUCUCUUUACGGGUGUUACUGUGGCCUUGUAUCCAGUAUCUGUUAUAAAGACCAGGAUUCAGGUUGCUUCAAAAGAUACAGCUCAUAAGAAUGCAUUAGAUGUUUUGAAAAAUAUUGUAAAAGUUGAUGGCAUACCUGGCCUAUAUAGGGGAUUUGGUACCGUUAUUACAGGUGCUAUUCCUGCUAGGAUAAUCUUCCUUUCAUCUUUGGAGAUCACAAAGGUGGCUGCUAUAAAAAUGUUGGAGCCAUUCAAGAUUUCUGAACCAGUGCAGGCUGCUAUAGCAAAUGGCCUUGGUGGAAUGGCAGCAUCUGUAUCGGCUCAAGCUGUAUUUGUUCCCAUUGAUGUGAUUAGCCAGAAGUUGAUGGUACAAGGAUAUUCCGGUCACACACGUUAUAAUGGUGGACUAGAUGUGGCUCGAAAAAUCAUCAAGAUGGAUGGAUUUCGGGGCUUGUACAGAGGAUUUGGCUUGUCUAUUAUGACCUACUCCCCGUCAAGUGCAGUAUGGUGGGCAAGCUAUGGAUCUAGUCAGCGUGUAAUCUGGAGGCUGUUAGGUCACAACAGUCAAUAUGAGCUAAGUGCUCCCAGUCAGUGGCAAUUAGCCUGUGUUCAAGCCUCGGGGGGUAUUUUUGCUGGAGCUGUGGCAUCCUGUGUGACAACCCCUUUGGAUACCAUCAAAACUCGAUUACAGGUAAUGGAUAAUACUAAAGAGAGACCAAGGGCCAGACAAGUUGUUAGGAGUUUGAUUGCGGAGGAUGGAUGGAAAGGUUUAUAUAGAGGAUUAGGUCCAAGGUUUUUCAGCAUGUCAGCCUGGGGCACCAGCAUGAUUGUCUCAUACGAAUAUUUAAAACGUUUGUGCGCUAAAGUUGAUGACUGAACUUUUCUGCGGGUGAAGACAGACGAUGGGACAGAGUUACAGGAAAACUAAAAGGAAUAUUCGUCGAUCUUAUUGAUCGCAGAUUGUAGAUUAGGAAACCUAUGAGAAAACCGAGAUGCGAAAUUUUUAUCAGGUGGGAAUGACAUUUGUUGGUAGUAUAAAGAAAGGGUGAUUUAAUUGUCGGUGGGGUAAAAACAUCGCCGUUCCAGCGGGAUCUCUUCAAUUCAACCAAAGACAUCAAACGAAUAUUAUCACCAUCUGCUGGUGAUGUUGAAUUAAUUAAUAAUUGGUUUACGGUAAAGGUGGGCCAUGAAGCUGUACUUUUCAAUGGGACCCAUCCAGCUGAUGUUAGCCAUUUCAUUUCCGGUUUAAUUUUAUUAUUUGGCAUUAAGGCGGUAUUUCUAACUAUGCCAACCUGUUUGCCGCCUCUAACCAAGCCAGUUUCUAACUGCAGGUUAGAUUAUUUACG